AUGGACUGUUUCGACAUUGAUGCUUAUCUGAAACGUAUUGGUUUGAAUUCACGUAUCCAUGUGGAAGAGGAAUUUAAGUCAAUUUCGUAUGCAUUGUUGCAUGCCAUUGUGUGGAAUCAUGCAACUCAUAUUCCAUUCGAAAAUCUGGCAACUAUUUAUCCAGAUGAAUAUCGUAUAGUUUCCGAUUCAAAUUCUAAAAUCAAAGUAUCUCUGGAUCCAAAUGAUAUUUUCAGGAAAAUGGUGUUAAAUGAUCGUGGAGGUUUUUGUUUCGAACAGAAUCUUCUAUUGGCGAGAGCUUUGAGAGAAUUUGGCUUUACUGUCAAACCCAUUGGAGCCAGAGGUGUUAAUCGCUUGGCAGAAGUAGAUCCAAUCUCUGGAUUGCCAGUUGGUCCUUUCACUCACUUGGCUCUAUUGGUUGAUUGCCAAGAUGGAAACACUUAUUUGGUGGAUAAUGGUUUAGGAUGGGGUGGUAUGCCAAGAUCUCCUCUCCCACUUGUCAAUGGAAGUGAAAAGACAGAAAGUACUGGAGAAGUAUUUCGAUUGGUAUUGGGAACUAUUUCACAAAGCACAAAAUUAAAUUUUGACAAAUGGGGUUGCUUUAGAUUUCAAACAGGUGUCAAUACAGAUCAUCAAGAUAUAAAAGAUGGGAAAGUU